AUGAUCUCUCAGGCUAUUUUUUCGACUCUGCUGUUCUUUGGUGCCGCUCGCGCGGGGACCAAACUUUGGGAUGGAUCCUUUAAUGCCUUCAGCACGGUCGCCGACUUUGACAAGUGGUCCUGGGCAAGCCAGGUCGGGACAUACCAAUGGUACAUCCACGGCACUCAGCCCACAUCACACUACCUCGCGCUCGACCCAAGCUUCAAGAACCCCGCGGACACGGCUGAGACACACGGGCUCCGGGUGACCAUUGACUCUACCGCGACAUGGAACUCGCAAAUGGAGCGUGCGGAACUCAUCCCGCAGACGACGGCAAACCUCGGCCAGGGGAACUUGUUCUACCACUUCUCGAUCUCGCACCCCGACACCAACCUUCCCGACUCUACCCUGGAGCACCAGAUCCUCUUCUUCGAAUCUCACUUCACGGAGCUUAAGUACGGUGUCGCGCCCAACCCGACUGACCUCGAAUGGCACGUUGGAGGCCAGCCCAAGUGGAGCACGGCGUUUGUCCCCGGGACUUGGUACAACUUCGCAUACGACAUUGAUUUCUCCGCGGGCACCGUCGGCCUCUGGGCCUCCACGGGCGGCGACCCGCUCGUGAGGGUCGCGGCCAACAUCCCUGCAUCCACCUCGACCAACUCCGAGGACUUCCACGUCGGCGUGCUCCGCAUCGUCAACACGCCCGCACCCGAGGACUGGUACAUCAGCGGCGUGUUCAUCGAGAACGGGCCAAUCACGACCGCUAUCGGCUCCGGCGCGGCAGCCCCUGCGCCCCCAGUUUCGUCCCCCACCAUUGCGCCCACGGUCCCGCCAACCACCGCCCCGGCCAGCACGCCUGUCGCGAGCCCGACGAGCAGCGCGACCGGGCCUCUUGCGAGCCAGUACGGACAGUGCGGUGGUACCGGCUACACUGGUCCCACCGUCUGCGCCAGUCCCUUCACCUGCAAGGCGGUAUCGCCUCCGUACUACUACCAGUGCCAAUGA